UACUACUUACAAAGUAAAUGCAUAUGACAUGCCUUUUGGUAUUUUUGUUGGUAUCAAUAAUCAUGGAAAGACAAUUCUCUUUGGUUGUGCACUUCUUCGAAAUGAAACAACUAGUGCAUUUCAAUGGUUAAUGAAGACUUUUGCAAAUUUAAUGAAGAAGUCACCUAAGGCAAUUUUAACAGACCAAGAUCCAUGGAUUACAGAAGCAAUAUCAAAAGAAUUGCCAUCCACAAAACAUGCUUUUUGUAUAUGGCACAUUACUGCUAAAUUUAGUGGUUGGUUUACAGCAAUUCUUCGUAGUCAAUAUUCAAAUUGGUGCAUAGAUUUCUACAAGCUAUAUAAGUUAGACUCGUGAAGAAUUUGAGCAUCAAUGGUCUCAAGUAAUGGCAAAA